AUGGUCUUGCUGAAGCCCCAUUUGCAGUACAGCGGCCUGGGCGCGCUCUGGAAGGGCAACCUGACCGCCUGCCUGCGCCUCUUUCCCUACAGCGUGGUGCAGCUCGCCUCCUACCGCCGAUGCGUAAUGAUGCUGAUGGAUGACUGGGGACACGUUUCCCAGUGGAAUUCCAUCGUAGCCGGGAGUCUGGCGGGGAUGGUUGCGGCCGUUGCCACUUACCCGACGGAGGUUGUCAAGACUCGGCUCAUUGUGCAGAAUCGACUGGAACCUCCCUACAAAGGCAUUCUUCAUGCUUUGUAUAUGAUUUAUCAGCAGGAAGGAACCCCUGCACUUUAUCGGGGUGUUUCAUUGUCAGUAUUAGGUGCGAUCCCGUUUUCCCUUGGUUCCUUCCUCGUUUACACUCACUUGGAUAAACUCUGGGGUCAGCCCAGCCUCCGUUUCACACCAAUGCAAAACUUCUUCAAUGGCUGUCUGGCAGCUGCUGUGGCCCAAACUUUCUCCUUCCCCUUCGAAACGGUCAAGAGGAAAAUGCAGGCUCAGAGUCCUUGCCUCCCUUGCUGUGGCGGAGUUGAUGUCCAUUUUGCUGGUGUGAUCGAUUGUUUUAAGCAGACGGUAAAAAACAAGGGAGUCCUCGCCCUCUGGAAUGGACUUACUGCUAAUUUACUCAGGAUUGUCCCUUACUUUGGGAUUAUGUUCAGCACUUUUGAAUUCUCCAAGCGGGUCUGCCUGUACCAGAACGGCUACACUGAUUCCCCUUUGCGCUACGAACUUACGCCAGGCGUAGACCAGAGUUUACAGCCUCAGGAACUGCAAGACUUAAGGCUCCUUGGAAGAAGAAACGUCUAAGCCUCUGGAUGCUUUUUUUGGACCAGCUUCCCAGCAGCUCCAUUACAAAAGAGGCGCUGAGAUUCACAGCCACCCACCUUGGCUUCGGCGGGAGAGCUGCUGAAGGCCCCAAACUCACCAUCACGGGACAUAUUGUCCUUGUUCAAGACAGCCUGCACAACUGGACAGCCUCCCAAGCUGAUGACAUCCAUCCGCUCUCGCUUGUUGCCAAUUAUUGAACUAUUAUCUAGCUAUUGGUUAGAACGGUAUGGCCGUUAGCCUGUGAACCCUGAAAGCACCACUCAUUUUCCAGCACCGCCUGAAUCGCUGCAGCGGAGUAAGGAAAGUCAGACCAGCGAUGCGAGAAACCGUGGUUUGUCACAGGAUCAUUGCAAAGGAGCAGGACAAGAGGGCCAGCGCAAGACAAUCUCAUAUACAGAAGACCGGAAUCUCGACAGGGACUUUCUUUGGCAUACGUCUGCCCUGCUAGAAGUGGAAUCGUGUAUGUGAGCAGGAUGUUGCUAAAGAGGGAUCUUUCUCCGCAUCAAAAUUCCUUAGCCAUAGAAAGCUGGCUGAUGGAGACUAGAUUAGGGAUGUCCCUGACAUGCUCACUUUCCAUAGGCAGGAAUUUUAACAGGAUGCUUGAACUUUUAAUUAUGCAAAACAGCCACCCCCCGCCUUAGAUUCUGAAGUGGAACAGUCUGAGGAGGACUGUAGUAUGUGCUGUUUGGAUUCUGCCCGAGAGUCUUCCAGAGAACUGAGGUCUUAGGUCUCCUUCUGGAUCCCAGAAAGGCAGCAGCCCACAUUAAAUGACCAACGUAGAGGAAAAUUCCCUCUCCCUCCAAAUCUUGGAAUAUAAUGUGCCAGCGUGGGGAAGCGUGGUUCUUUCUCUUCCUUGUUAUUCUAGAUAUGAGCCUAUAGCUGUAAGGCUGUCAACAGUCGCUCUAAAAUUCCUUGCAAUAUCGGGUUUGGUUUGGUUUCCUUGCUGCAUACUUGAUACUGAACUUAUUAAACAGGAGGACAAAUGAGAGUUGCUUAAAAGAUGUGUCUUAUGGUCAGGUGGCCUGCGCAUAUUAAUUAAUACAUUGUACGAUUCUCCCACUGCCUCAAUCCUAGUGGACCAUGGGCAGCUUACAGAUAAUAAAAUCACAGCAAUAAAUAAUGCA